AUGUUCUCAACGACAUUCGAUUUCGACCAGCAUGCGAUACCACCCACUGAUUUAGACGACGUCAAAGCACUCGCGGAAUCUACAGAUGCUCGAUCCACUACGAGUGUUCAGUCUUCUUCGUUUCUGUCACCAGCAGCAGGAGCAACAACUUCGUUAUUGCAUGUUCAAGGAAGCACAGGGUGCUUGACAGGCACACUUCCCACAUUUACCUUCAUACCCAACAACCAUUAUCAAACACAACAACUACCGACUGAUAUGAAGCAUCAACAACAAUCAAAUUCCUCGUGCAUGCAACAAGUCAAUUUCCGCAAUGAUGAAAUCAUCCCUAUGUCAUCAAGUAUGACCAAUGCAAGUCAUUUACAACAGGUGGCCCAACCAGAAAAUGACAUCUUGGCAACGUUUGGCUUGAAUCCUGUACAAAAACAUCAUCAUGAUCUCUUGAAGCAGCUGAUAAGCGACACCAAUGAUACCCGAUUAUCACCGUUGACAACAAACCAACAACAGCAUUCCCAUCAUCAUAUACCCGCACCAAAACGACAAUGCAUCUCAAUUAAGCCAAAACCACGUUCACCACGAGCACCAUGGUCACCUGAAGAAGACAACUUGUUGAGAUUGGCAGUACAAUUGUAUGGUGAUAAGACUGAGAAAUGGUCAAAGAUUGCAGCAUGUGUGCCUGGUCGUACCAACAAGAAUUGUCGAAAGCGUUGGUUUCAUUCCCUUGAUCCCUCAUUACGUAAAGGGCCAUGGACUGAAGAGGAGGAUCAACUAUUACGAGAAGGUGUCAUGAAGUAUCCCAACCAAUGGAGCAAGAUUGCCGAUAUGCUAGAUGGAAGAACGGAUGAUCAAUGUGCCAAACGAUGGCGUGAAUCACUUGAUCCAACGAUUGAUCGAUCGGAAUGGACAGCCGAGGAGGAUGAGAUACUUGUGCAAAAGUUUGGGGAAUAUGGAUCACAAUGGCAGAAGAUUGCGCAGCAUUUUGAAGGUCGGCCUGGUUUACAUUGUCGUAAUCGAUGGAGGAAAUUACAGCGAUUGAUGCAGAUCAAAGAUGAUAAACAGCGAGAGGAGACGAGUCGUCUAUCAGCAUCAUUUAUACAUACCAUGAUUGAAGGUAUCCAAUCUUCGUCACCUGUCACAGCACAACCGCCACCAAUACCUACACCAGCAAAAGCAUUAUCAUCACCACCUCCGCCACCAGCAAUAGCACCACCACCACCUCCACCAAUGUCAAUAGAACCACUGCCACCAUCACCUCCAUCUCCACUUCCACCAACACCAGCAUCCUUUCAUAUGCCGCCGACUUCCGGGUUCCCGAUCCUUCAGCAUACGCACGAGCCACCUUCAUCCUUGUCAGACACGUCAUCACUCAGCAGUAACAUUUCAUCUUCAUCCAUUUUGCUUACGCCUCGUGGUCCACCAUCAUCAUCAUCGGAUACACCACCAAAUGAUAUAUGGUCAACAAGCGGAUCUUUCAUUGAUGUGAAUCCUUAUGGAUGCGACAUUCCUAGCUGUAUGGAGACCUUUUCAAAGUCAAGCGGUCUUUUCAAUCACAUGAAAAGCGCUCAUCCAAACCUUGAAGCCUACGACAAACCUUAUCGAUGUGCUGUACCAAAUUGCACCAAGAGAUACAAGAACAUCAACGGCCUACAAUACCAUUUACGUGAUGCAAAGGGAUCCUCCGCACAUCCGAAUAUCAUUCAUAGUCCUGUACUAUAA